AUCGAAGCCGACCCGAGUCUCAAAAAUGGCCGUGGGGCGAAUCGAAGCGAGAGCACCGCUCGGGAAGGUUGCGUGCCGCUUCUGCGAGACCGCACAGCGAUGAAAUCGUAGGCAGCUGCUUCCCUCAGCGCCUUGCGUUCUCCGAGUGCUCGGCCCGUUCCUCGGCGACGAAGCAUGAAAGAGAAGCCCAACUCGACUCGCACGUAUGACGGGGACGGCUUUCGGCGACGAGCGGCCUGCCUGUGCGUACGCAAGGAUGAGAGCGAGAUCCUGCUUGUUUCGAGCAGCAGUGCGCCCGACCGGUGGAUUGUGCCGGGCGGCGGCCUGGAACCGAAUGAGGAGCCCAGCACGGCGGCGAUGCGUGAAGUCAUGGAGGAGGGCGGUGUGCGGGGUCGGCUCGGACGAUGUCUUGGCACCUUCGAGGCAUGCGAGCAGAAGGUGUUGCUGACAGGCAGUACCUUCGGCACGAAGUCCCCAGAUGCGAUGCAACUAAACUCGGAGAGGAAACACCGCACGAUAGUAUUUAUUUUGGAAGUCACAGAGGAGCUUGAGGAAUGGGAGGACUCCAAGAACAUAGGUCGCAAGCGGAAGUGGUUCCCCAUUGACGAAGCGUUGCGCGUCCUCUCCGUUUCGAAGCCUGUACAGUGCAAUUACGUUAAGCUGCUCAUGAAGAACGACAAGGUGCCAUGACCUUCAUGGCUACCUUAGUGUUGUUGUUCUCUUUGUGUUGUUUUUUUUUCCACCCUUCCCCUUUUACCACACCUCCUCCCUCUCUUCUUGCUCUCUUUUUUUUUUUUCUCUGCAUCUGCCCAUCCGACAGUCUUCGUGACAUAAGAGGAACCAUAAAGCAAACACACACACUGAUUGCGAAUACAUGUGCUUAAUGAAUUUUGUUCAGUCCCUUGCAGGACUGAAGCCAUUUUCAAUGUACGGCCUACAUGUCACUUGUGCUGAACCUGAUUGUGCCACCUCUUCAGUAGGUGAACUGAAGUGUGCCUGAAUGAACCUGAUUACUUAGUGUUUUCUUGUUAUGAUGUGUUAAAGCAUAUGUCUGCCGUCAGCUUGCGCUGCAUUUUGAAACUGUGAAACACACAAAUUGGGCAAGCCUGCUGUUGUGUGUCCAAAUGAAUUGUGGAUCUCGGGUACAUGUGGCGAAAUCGCACUCGGAGCGUUUGGUAAGCUACGACAGCUGUACUCGGAUAAGUCAGUCAUAAUCCUAGUUUGAUAUUGGGUCUUCUCCUAUUUUGUGCCUGUACAGUAGUUAAGUGAUAACUGGCAUUGGAAAAAAAAAUAUAUAUAUAUAUAUAGUUUGGACAAAUCUGGCUGGGUCAGUUCACGAGCCCUAAUACUAAAUCAAAUUUUUGUGAAGCCACUCAAGAAAAUUUGGUAGAUUUCUUUCUCUGCUUCAGCACUGUUUUUUUACAAACACCAUCAAAUAAAUCUUGUGUUAUUAUUUCAUGAGGGAAAAGCUGAUCAAGAUAAACAGCUAAGUAUUUGUUCAUCUGAAGUGCUAUGUCAUGACCAUAAGUUGAGACUCUCAUGUGCUUGUUGAAGCAUUUGUCUAUGCAUGUCACGCACUGCAGAUGUCCCACUUCUGUGGCAGAAAGCUUGGGGAAUAUCAUUGUAAGAAUUCUGCCGAUCUGGUCAAAAAAUUCAAAAUUUGCCUGUGUUUUCACUUUGUUAUGCGACAGAAAAUCUUGUUUGUGAAAAUGAAAAGCAAAUGAAAUCCAGUGUAGCUCGCUAAAUUUGAAAGUUGGUCUAAAGGUAGCGUAGCACUUCAGAGUACAAGGCAGGGACUCAGUGAAAAAAAAAUGAUGAAUUUCCAAUCAUUUUGUGCCUGUAAACAUAGAACAGUACAACACCAUGCAUUUCAUGCAUUCAGUCGAGCCCAUUUAUAAGAAACGUUCAUCUCAUGUGUUCACUGUAUCCGAGCAUUCGUGAUAAAUAGGCUGCCCACGAAGAAAAGGUGACAGAGGAGGAUAAAGUUUACGCCGAAAAGAAGUCUGUAAUAUAAGUUUGUUACUUCAGUGCAGAUCCAAUAAAUGUCACUUCUGUAAGCCUUUAUGAGCUAACGAGUGGUCAUCGUCAAGACCUCCAGAGAAAAGACUCUGUGCUUUAAUAGGCACACAGUUGCAAUUGAAGCUCUUGGAGUUGGUAGCAAUGCCUCCUCUUUUCCCUCACUAGGCAGACAACAGUAAAAUGGGGAUACUGUUGUAAAAUAACUGCACAGCAUCAUGCGACAUUUGGCAGGGUGUCUGAUUAAGCUAGUUGGCAAUUCGUCUCAGUAAUUAAGUUAACAGCACGAAAGGUGAACAGAGACCUAAACAGGACAAAACAGGAAGUCGGCGCUCGCCUUCGUCUCGUUUACAUCUUUGUCUGCCUUUCGCGCUGUUCACUCGCUGCCAUACGACGCUGUCACAAGCGAGUGAGAUGCGCUUGCACAUUUGCUCUAACAGAGUUUAUGAUCCCCACAUGUUUGUUAUCACCUGCGACAUGCUGUGCUGUUGCCUGCCCACGAAUUCUAGCGGUCGAGGUGUCUUCAUUUGUAAUAAACGAGUGUUCGCUUCUAGUGGCCAUGUCUUGCUGCUACCUUUGGUGAGUGAAACAUGGACCUGGGCUCCCAAACAAGAACAAGCUUUAAUUUGGCUCGGUUGCACCUGCUGAAGAAAUCCUCCCCUAGGUGCGGUGCACAGAGUGCUUUUAUAGCCUUAUCGUGGAGGGUUCAAGCAAUGAUGUGCGCAGGUGCAUCUGAUUGUAGUGUGUGUAUCGUGAUACACGUGCGUGCAAAAGGGCGUUAUGUUGAUUCCUGCACAGCAUAACUGGCGUUGCUUUAAGUGGGCUCGACUGCGUAGUGUGGGCUGCAAAUUUGAAUUCCCGAUUGCACGUCCGGGCAGCGGUAAUAUUCUGCUUCCUCACUGAUCCCUUGCACCCGUAAACUUUUGAUUGUCCUAGUACGCUCGCUGUUAUGUUCUGUGUAGCCAAACACCCACUGUACAGGCUGUCGGAUAAGGCACGGAGAAAAAAAAGAAGCCUCCUUCUAUAUCUAAUGGGCACGAAAAGAUAAGAGAGAAAAGCUUCUGUGCCUGUGAAUAUUAUGCGUGUGUGUGUGUGUCUGUAUGUGUGAAAGUGGAGAGCGUGAGAGACUGUUGGUGAAACUUAUUACCAGAAAAGCAGCAUCGUGGGGUGUGUGAAGGUCUGUCGUUCGGGGUGUGGUUGUGUACGGAAAGUAAGCGAGAACGUCUCCUGGCAGCAGAAGUCUACAUCAUUGUGGUGCAGAUUUGAGUCGAGUGAAGCCAAUAUUUAUUCCCCCCAAUUUGUGACAGCCAAUUUAAGAAACUAGAACGAUUCAGCCUCGCUAGAUGUACUUAUUUUCUUAAGGGACAAGAUUGAGAGCCCUUUUCUCCUUUUUUUUUAACCGCAAACAACAGCCAUUCAAACUGGGCAGCACUGUAAUACCUCGUUUUGUACAUCAUGUGUGUUCGGAAGAACAGCAAUAUGUUACCUCAUUUUCUAGAAACACAAGCUCUGUGCGCUACUGGGAAUUGGGGAAUGACCAAAGGCUUUUGCAUUGGCUUGAUGAAGUUGCCAUUUUUUAUGGUAACUAGUUUUACCUUACGAAUUCACUGUUACAUGCUACAUUUUCAAGAAAUUACAAUUUCUGGUGCACGCUUUGGUCAAACUAAGUAAUAGCUCAAAGCCAACUCGGUGUCAAGGUCGCGGGAUUUCGGCGACAUUCGGGAAUUUAGGCAUGCCCUUGUAACAUAAUUUUGCAGAAAGCUGCCUUUUUGUUGUACGUAACUUGCCACGUACAAUCUGCUUCCAAGAUGAGGACUGCUGUUAGGCAAGGCACUUUGCCUUGCGCUCUUCUGCCGGUUGACGAGUCUACAACAUUGCCACCACAGAGAUUGAAUGAGCAUUGCAGAAAUGGUUGUUGCGGAGUGAAUGCUUCCAAACUGUGUGUGCAACAUGUCCGUGACAUCUUUUUUUUUUUUCCUGUGUGUGUGUCACGCGUUAGCAGCCCCCUGCUUACUUUUUUUUUGUCAGCCUUGGACAUUGCAAACGUUUGCUGCGCCGGAUGUAGGCACGCCCAGAAACAGUGGUCGUUUUUACACGAGAUGAGCCGAUGUGUGUCGCCUACUACACUUGUUUUCCUCGAGCUGUGUUCUCUCCCAGCCAAACAAAUAAAAAAAAUACACUGUACGUGCCUGUUGGGCACGGGAGCAAAACGUCUUUGGAACACAUUCGGAUUGAUAUCUCAUUAAACAGUUGAUUCGAUGA